CUCACACUUGCGUGAGACAAACCGUGUCUCACACUUGCGUGAGACGAACCGUGUCUCACACUUUCGUGAGACAAACCGUGUCUCACACUUGCGUGAGACAUUGUGGUCCGCCCGCACUAAAUAGUGUAGGCCUGUUUCACCUUUGGAUUUGCAGUGAGAUCUUUCAGAAAUGAAUCAUUUUUUGCAAAAAGAUAUGAUUUUUGAAGAGUGGCAAACCUACUUGAGCGUGUCCACGUCCCUAUCGUGACCAGAAACAUACUUUCGAGUGCGGUGUUUGAUAGUCGUAGUUGUGUAUGGCCCUGGUGGGCCUACUCAACCGUGCUCCGUCUGCACGCUGGAAGCACGCUGGAAGCACGCUCGAAGCACGCUGGCGACCGUCCGACUCCGGACGUCCCCCCUGGUGAACUGCUGGGUACCACAAGUACCACAGCACUUGGGCCCGUCGCGUGCUUGCAGUGUGUGCAGCGUGGCCGCACCCUUCCACACACAUGCUUCCGCUGCAGCAGGCUUGGCCUGGCCUCCCUCGCCCUCAGUUCCCCAGGAACUCAAUAAUGCAGCAUGCGUGCACCGUGCCGCGAAUAAGUGAUGUUGGUGGCAUGCGGUACGCCAGGGGUCGGGGCGGUGAAGCAGGCAAAGCAGUGGGCGCACGCCGGACUUGACGUGCCAACUGGCUUCCUGCAUGUAUGUCCAAGUCGAAGAGGUGAGGCACGUCGUGGUUGGGUCCUGGAACGAAGUUUCCAGGACGUUCCGGAACUACGUUCCAGGACCCCCUUGCAAUCUGCGAUCCCGCAAUCGAAAGGACAAAGCCUUGGCGUCGAAGGUGUAGCUCAUUUUUGGUGCUGCCUUCCAUGGCUUCCGGUUCUGGCGAGGGUGAAACCACAUUGGAUGUUUGGGGACACAAGAUUUUAUAAGGCUAAAGAUUUCUUAGGGUUCCUUUCUCAAAUUUAAGCGAUGAAGGUUGUAUCUGCUUCCUACGCUAGAAGCAUUAUCCCUAAAUUUGAGUAGAAAAACCUUUUCUUUUCAAAUUUUGGCGAGAAAAUAAUUGACACCGAAAUUUUAUGGGGAAGGAUUCCGCAUGCAAAACUUUAGUCAUGAAUCUUCCAUUGUCAGUGCUAGCAUGACUGCGUCAGAGAAGGAGGCGCUUCCAGCAUCGUUGAACAAGUGGCAACGACUUUUCACGGUCAGAGACGUCGGACACGAGCAUAGAGACGACGAAAGAAUUUAUCGCAUUCUGUACUUCUUCUACGCGCCUAAGUACUUAUCGCUGGGCUUCGCCAUGGCCGUCACCCUCAACGUCGUGGACGUCAUCAUGUUCGAUGCAGACGAGGCUGCUCGCAGGCUGCCGCUUCGCAACGGCCUGGCCUGCUACUCAGCCCUGUUCGCACACGUCAUCCUGACGUACCGCAAGGACAUCCUCCUCGACGCCCUGUACCACGCCCGCCUGGCCGCCGUCAUCCUGGCCAAGGACGCGACCCCAGAAGUCAAGCUGGCGUUCGAAGCAGCCAAAAACAGGAAGGAACUUUUCGUGUGGAGGUUCUAUCCCGUCUACUCCUUUCUAAUGGCAACCACGGCUUCCCUCGCGACACUGAGCGCCCCCUCAGUUGUUAACCAAAUUCUUGCAAAACAAUCCUUGCUGUUGGUGGGGGUGAAAAACAUCUUUGACUGCUACAUGCUCACAAGCUGUUGCGCGAGCGUGACCGUGCUGCUCACCGUCCUGGUGGACGUCCACUACACUUGUGCCGUGCUUUGCCGGGAGAUUGGGCGGCGCCUCGAGACCCAAAGAGGAGUUAUGUAUACUCGCCCAGUAGCAGCUACAUAUUCAUUGGUUAUUGAAUCCGCCCGUGCCAUUAACACUGCCACAGGACACCUCUUGCCGCAUUACGUGAUGGCAACAUUUACAGUUCCCAUAUUGAGCACGGCUUCUAUCGUCCAAAGCCCAGAAAAGGCCGACAUUUUUGACUUUCUCUCGCUGCCACUGAUGUUUUUGUUUUUCGGCCCGAUCUGUGAAGCGAGCCAAAGUAUGCAAAACGCAAGUGGAGCAGUGUCGUCCCGGGCAUAUUCCGGCCCUUGGCUGGACGAGCACGCACCCUCUCGACGCGUUCGGCUGCAAAUCAUGCUUCAAUCUAGCGCGCGGCCCCUGUGCUUCAAAGUGGAAGGGCUCGGGUCUCUGAACCGGCCCUUGAGCCGCAAGUUGGCAACGUCCUGGUUCCAGUACCUGCAAGUGCUUCAAAACCUCCGCCACAACUGAGAAGCUCGGAAUUGCAUAUGAGCUGAAAAGUAGGAUGAGUGUAGAUAACAAUGGUAAAGUGCGUUUUUGGUCACAUCUAACUGGCUGAAAUAAACCAACUUCUUUCCCCUGUUUCCUUAUUUUGGACGCUAGAAGUUUCUCACUAGCCGAGCUUUAAGAUUCAACAUGUUGCCACAUGACACGAGAAUGAGCGCGAUUUGUACAAUAGCUGAUACGAAGAAAUUGAAUUGCAUUGUAAAAUCUACGAAGAAAUGCUUUGUAUUAUGAAGCAAAAUCCUUCGUAAUAGGAACCAUAUCUUCAUAAUACGAUGCAAUUCUACAAUGGCUUCAUUUCCUUCGUAGUCAUGAAGCAAAUGCUUCGUAGGCUUUUAAGUGCGUUCACCGAUGCACACCAUUUAUCCUACGCGCCGAUUAUAUGUGGGCCAGCCACCGCCAGCCGUCAAUGGCUAUUGGUACGAGCCUUCAACGCAGCCUGUCCCGACAAAAACAAUUUUUCUCUGGCUCCCGAAAAACCAUUUUUUCUUCCUUCAGCAAAAAGAAUUGAAGAUUUUGCAGAUGUUUCACUACAGAGCUGAAGUUCCUGCAUGCUUUAUUGCAUGCGUAAACUGAUAACACUUGGGGCCCACAUGUUUUGCUGAUGCUCUGCUCUUGUCAUGUGUGCCUCCAUUCCCUGAGAAAGCUCUAGCUGCGACAAAGACUACUUUCCAGGUUAAAGCUAAGCUUGCAGGGCACUGUGACACUGUCAGCGGCUUCGCCACCUUGGGCCUUUCUGGGACGAUACCCACUUUCACGCUUAUAGCUCGUCUGAUGGUUAUUACUUGCUACACUGUUUCGAGGACACGAGAAAGCAGCUUCUCUCACAGCCACGUGCUG